AUGCUGCCCAUCGUCCGAGUCAGAGGCUACGCCUGGGUCGCUCUCAUCGCCACCCUCCUCCUCAUCUACUUCUGGAGCUCCUCGUCUGUCUCCCCAUCGCCUCCCCCAGUUCCAAACUGGCGCACUCCUAAAUACAACUCCUACUUCUGGAAGACCCUCCCGGUACACUAUCCGCCAAAGUCAAUCCGCCCGCUGCCAACCACAUCCCCGGUCAAGUAUCCCAAGAUCCAGACGUCAUUCGCCAAGGAGUCGCCAACCGCGCGCAAGACUCGCCAAGCUCGCCAGCUCGCCGUGAAAGACGUCUUUUCCAAAUGCUGGGCCUCGUACAAGGAGCACGCAUGGACCGCGGACGAGUUGGCGCCCGUCUCGGGGGGCAAGAAGAAUCCCUUUGGCGGCUGGGCCGCUACGCUGGUGGAUUCGCUCGACACCCUCUGGAUCAUGGGCAUGAAGCCCGAGUUUGACGACGCCGUGACUGCCGCCCACGCCAUUGACUUUACCAAAACCGCCCUCGACGAGGUCAACGUCUUUGAAACCAACAUUCGCUACCUGGGCGGCUUCCUAUCCGCAUACGACCUCAGCGGCGACUCCCGCCUGCUGGACAAGGCCGUCGAGGUCGGCGAGAUGCUCUACAAGGCUUUCGACACGCCCAACCGCAUGCCCAUCACCAGGUGGGACAUCCACGCCGCCAUGGACGGCAAGAAGCAGGAGGCCCAUCCCAGCGUGCUGGUAGCCGAAAUCGGCAGCCUGUCCAUGGAAUUCACGCGCCUGUCCCUCAUCACGCGCGACCCCAAGUGGUUCGAUGCCGUGCAGCGCAUCAUGGACGGCAUGGCGGCCCAGCAGAAAUCGACGGCGCUGCCGGGGCUCUGGCCGCUUGUCGUCAGCGCGCAGAGCGAGAUUUACAACGUCGGCGAUGCGUUUACCAUGGGCGCCAUGGCGGACAGCGUCUACGAGUAUCUGCCCAAGAUGUCGGCCUUGAUCGGGGGCCAGCUGCCCAUCUACCAGGAGAUGUACGAGCUCGCAGCCACAACAGCGACCAAGCACAACCUGUUCCGACCCAUGACGCCAAAGAACGACGACAUUCUCAUCUCGGGCACGGUAAAGGCAGAUAAGGGCACCGUCGUCAGUCUUGAUCCCCAAGGCCAGCACCUGGUGUGCUUCCUCGGCGGCCUGAUGGCCCUCGGAGGCAAAAUGUUCAACCGCCCCCAGGACGUAUCCGCAGCCACCAAGCUCGUCGACGGCUGCAUCUGGACAUACAAGGCCCUCCCGCACGGCAUCAUGCCCGAAACAUUCCACAUGCUGCCCUGCCCCUCCGCCUCCGCCUCCUGUCAGUGGGACGAGGCCGCCUGGAAGAAGGAAGUCCUCCGCCGCGCCAGCGACCCGGGCUCCUCCACCGCCGACGACAUCAUCAAGCGAGACCGCCUCCCUCCGGGCUUCACCUCCAUCCCCGACCGCCGCUACAUCCUCCGCCCGGAGGCCAUCGAGAGCGUCUUCGUGCUCUACCGCGCCACGGGCCGCCCCGACCUCGUCGAGUCCGCGUGGGACAUGUUCACCGCAGUCAACUCCACGACGAGCACCGCGCUCGCAAACUCCGCCGUCUGGGAUGUUACACUUCCUAGUGACCAGCUGCCUGACCGGUCGGAUUCGAUGGAGUCGUUUUGGCUGGGCGAGACGCUCAAGUACUUCUACCUCGUGUUUAGUGAGCCGAAUACGAUUAACUUGGAUGAAUACGUGUUUAAUACAGAGGCGCAUCCGUUUAAGAGGCUUAUACGGUGA